AAAUAAUAUAAGUGAAAAUGUUAGUAAAAAAUAUUUUUAUAGAAUUGCGUUCGCGAUUACGUAGUUGUAAUGUUUAUAUAACUACUAGUAUUGAUUUAAAUAAGAAUUGUAAUUUAAAAAUUAAUAUACAAUCGAAUUGCAUUGUACUGAAUUAUUACAACAAUAGUGAUUAUAUAAGAAGGGAUAGUCUAUCCUCGAUAGAAAGUCUGUCAGAUUAUUCUGACGAUGAAUUCGAUGAUACAUCUAUAAUAGCAAUUGAUGAGUUCUGUCAUAUAAUACCGAAUUCAAUGUCAUGUCUUAAAAUAGAUAAAAAUACGAUAUCAUUUCGUGUUUUAACACAACCGAAAAAUGGUGGUAAUUUUUACUCGGAAUUUCUAUCAGCAAAUAAUCUUACAGAUUCAUUAAAAACUAGUGAAUUAAAAAUUAAUCUAAACGCUGAAAAUGAUAUGAAAAUAAUUUGCGCCAAUUGCUCUAAUGUCAUAUCAAUUGAAUCUGUCAAAUUUGACAGAAUAUUGGAGUUGCCAACUGAAAAUAUAGAUAUGUCGGAAUGGUUCUGUCACGGUCAUAGUCAUGGCAGUACUUCGGAACCGAUCGUUUUGAAACAGAAUAAAAACGAUUUUCUUUACCGUUUAACAUAUUUUAUAGUUAAUAAAAAUUUGUUAUCCGAAAAAACGAACAAAUUUAACCUCAAAAGGGAUAUUUAUCAUUGCAACAGAUGUUUAGCUUGGUUAGGUAUAAAAAUUAAAGAUACAGUCAAAUUAUUUAAUUCCGAAAUAAAAAUUCAACAAAAUAGUACAGAUAGUUACGUAUUUUCGCAUAAUAAUCCAACUAAUAUAAGUAUAGACGAUUUUAUUUACACUAUCGAAUGUAUGACGAAAGAAUCAAACUUAGGUCUGCAAUAUGCUGUUAUGUGUAAAAUUGUUCUGGAAUGUUCUAUAACAUCAACAAACAAACAGUAUCUAUUAAUUUGGGUUAUGGACAAAGAGUUACAAGUCUUAAGGAAUAAUGAGGUUAUAGAAAGUGAAAAAGUUACAUUAAAUUCUAGUUUUUUGACUAAAAUAUUGUACAAAGUUGAAUUAUGUUUGAAUGAAGAGGUUGAAAGUUGGUUGUCGGAUCCUACAGUGGUCAGUACAGAUAUAUCUAAGAGUAUGUUCUGUAAAGGACUAGAACAUCUGAAGUCAACAUCGCAGAAAGUUCCAGAAGCAUUCCGUAGCAGUAACGGUUAUAGCAUCAGUUAUUUGAAAGUCUGAUAAAUAAAGAUCA